AUGGGAAUGAUCGCAGUUUUCGUAGUCACAUUUUUUAGUUAUCACAUUGGCAUAUGCAUUUGGCAAACUACUUCCAGUCCUAAUCGAACUGAUGAUUACUAUUACGAAGGUCCUUUUGGAGUAGAUUCUUGGACUGAUAACUAUCCAAUGUCUCAAGGCUUUCGACAGUCACCAAUAAACAUCACCAGCAGUUUGACUAUAGAAGUACCAUCUGGAAGUUGGCUUGUGGGCAAGCAACCUCAAAUCUCUGGAGGUCCACUUACAAGUCAAUAUAUAUUCCAAUGUCUGGCAUUUCGUUGGGCUCCUGGAGCUGAACAUAGUUUCAACUACGAACGAAGCGAUUUGGAAGCACAGUUAAUAUUUUUGAGAGAAGGCGUUCAAAAUUUGACGGAAGCUUCUUCGUGUAACCGUAGAGAAAGCAUGGUUAUUUUGAGUUAUUGUUACAAUAUAACGCCGGUGUCUAAUCCUUUUUUGGAACAUGUGAUUCGCGGACUGUCUAAUAUUGUACUGCCACAUAGCUUAUGUGAGAUUGAGCCUAGGCCUAUUAGUUGGAUAGCACCGUCAUUCAAUUCAGAUUACUAUUGUUAUAAGGGAUCUCUGACAUUUCCUCCGUGUGCUGAAAUUGUCAUAUGGAUACUCCAGCCAGAACCACUUGGAAUAAGUCAGGAACAGUUGUUUAAGUUUAAACAAUUACAAAAUAAUUUAGGACAUACAAUGGCAUGCCACUCUAGGCCACUUCAAAGUAUAAAUGAUAGAGAAAUACGCACAAAAAUUAGUCCAUUGGGUGUGAUGCACACUCGUAAACUUGAAUACGUAUACGAGAUAUUAUGGUUGUGGAAGAUAUGCGCCUGA